GGGUGAGUGACAGAACUUCCCAAAGGCACCUGCUCACGCGAAUCACAGCGCAGGCGACCGUGCAGGCGAGGGUCGUGGUCAAGUAAACAAGACCCCAAGUCCCACGGAUGAGUUUGUGAUAAAAAAAAAUCUAUCAUGACAGCCGCGCGAGCGAAACAACAUGGACUGGUCGAUGUGAAAGAAUUGGAGCGAAUUUUGGACACGUGUAAACUGGACUUAACACCAGUCGAUGAGGUCUGGCCGAACUUGUUCAUUGGAAGCGUCGCCAUUGCACAGAACCGAACCGCGCUGAAGAAGUUGGGCAUCACGCAUGUACUGAAUGCUGCACACACAAAGCAAGGCAGCAUCGGGGACCAGGACUACUACGGAGACGCAUUCGUUUAUCACGGCAUCGCAGCCGAUGAUUCCUCUAAGUUUGACAUCAAUGUUUACUUCCGUCAGGCCGCGGAUUUCAUUCAUAAAUCUCUGGAGAAGAAAGAUGCUAAGGUGUUUGUGCACUGCAUCAUGGGAGUGAGCCGCUCAUCAACGUUGGUGCUGGCGUACCUCAUGUUGAAGCGGCGGCAGAAGUUGCGUAUUGCCAUGGAGACGCUUAUCCAGAGGCGGGCCAUCUACCCCAACAGGAACUUCCUGUCGCAGCUGCUGGAGCUGGACGCACAACUGCAGAGAAAGCGGAGACUCUGCCCCAUCCUCUGAGUGAUCACACACACACACACACACACACACACACACACACACACACACACACACACACACACACACA